AUGAUAACCGGCGAAGGCUAUAAGGACAAGACACCUAGGUCCCUUAAUAUUAUCCGCUUCUCCAUCGGACUGAUCCGCGGCCAAAGCUUGAACCGCAUUUUAAUACGAAGCCUUGCGAUUGAAGAAGAGAAUACGCCCGUGGUAUUGCUCGCCGAGAAUGAAAGUAAGGCCGCGCCCGAGCUCGCGGGCAUUGACUGGGCAGCCAAAAACAUCGAGGACAAGUGGGAGCAGCCGGUAGUGCGCCGACUGCAUUUAAACCCCUCCGACCUGAAGGAUGAAGACUUGGUUAUGCCCAUUAUGUAUGCUAUGGGUGUGGAGUUGCAGGGGGACCACGACCUGGACAUGGCCCUUUGUCAGUUUGACAUCAGCCCCUACCAUCGCAACCCUGAGCAAUUCCCAAUGUCUAGAGAUUUAGUGGGAGCUUUUUGCUCCAAAAAUCGAUUGAAGCAUAAACUAGCUUCCGUUCAUGCAGUUGACGAGAGGGCAGGGAAGCAGCUACAACCCACAGGCUUUAUCUUCCAUGAAAGCAGGGUCGGCUCCACUUUGGUUGCCAACAUGCUCGCCUCCGUUCCCACCAAUCUGGUCUAUUCGGAGCCUUCCGUUCCCGCCCAUGUCAUUCACCUCUGCAAAAAUGCUGGGUGCAGUGAGGAGACAACCGUGCGGCUGCUUCGAAUGGCUAUCCUGGCCAUGGGCCGCUCUCAUCAUCACGAUCAUUUUUUUAUCAAGUUUUCCUCCAGCACGGUGGUUGACAUGGACUUGAUCCUGAAGGCUUUCCCAGAGACCCCAUGGGCGUACAUUUACCGAGACCCGGUGGAAAUCAUCGUCUCCAACUUUCAGCGAGGAAGGGGUGGCCCGUGCAUUAGAGCCAAGAAGAACGCGCCGAAAGCUGUGCAGGACAUACUAGAAACCGACCGGAGGGGAGCGAGCAGGGUGUCGGAUGAGGAGUAUUGCGCUGCCCAUCUAACGAUGCUCUGUCAAGCAGCGCUUGAGCAAAUGGAAUUGCCGGGAUCAAAGGGGCAUGCGGUAGCAUACGAGACGUUAGUUGAGGACGUGUUGCGCGUGCUUGUCCCGGGGCACUUCGGAGUGUCCAUGAACUCGGAGGAGACGGCACGCAUGACCGCCCAGUCUGAGCUCUACAGCAAAGCCCGCACCGGCGAAACGGUUUUUCAAGGGGACACCGAACAGAAACAGGAAAGGGCGACUCAGGCUAUGCAAGUGGCGGCUGAGAAAUACCUAAAGGAGCCCACCGAGCGACUGCGCUUGGCGAGCACGCUAGGCCGAUCCCAGCUUGAAAUUGACACGACCCUGCGGGCUCAGGAAGCCCGCGUCUACGAGCGGACGGGCUCUAGAUUCUUUCAGCUCCCUCAUUGCCCUGACGAGCCUGAGAGCCCUCCGGGGGUCCCUAUCAUGGACAUUCUGGGCAACUGGAAUAUGGACGACACCGCGAUCCCCCCCCGGCACUACAACACGCUCUGUCGCUUCGACUACCAAACUGAGUACGACAAAGCCCUCCGGUAUCGCGACGCCGAAAUGCCCUUUGUUGUGUACAACAUUCCCGAGUUCGAUGAGACAGUUGAAAAGUGGAACUCGGAGGGCUACCUGGCAGAGGCUCUGGAGGGCGGGGAGUAUACCACGCAGGUGUCGAAAGACAACCACUUCAUGUACUACCGCCUGAGCAAGAGCCUCAAACCCGCCGGCUAUAUCCCUCCGACACGAACGGAAAGGUGGUCCUACGAUCACUGGUUGCACGAGGCGCGCAAGUCCAAAAACCUCUCCACGGACUCGGAACACUACUACUUCCGAGUCUCCGACCGCGAUAGCCCAAUUGUCCGCCAAGACUUGACCAUCUUCACCAGCAGGGAGUCCACGCUUUUCAUGAAAGAGCCCGAGAUGUCGCGAGGCAUUCACUGUCGAUUCGGCAUGCGCAGCGUCAUUGCCGAGGCUCAUUUUGACGCGAGUCGCAACAUGGUCAGUCUUGUCUCGGGCACCCGUCGGUGGAUCUUGGCCCAUCCAAGGGAGUGCAAGCACGCCUACCUUCUUCCCACGGGUCAUCCAUCAGCACGGCAUACAGAAGUCGAUUGGAGCGCGCCCGACCUCCAGAAAUAUCCGGACUUUGUAAAUUUGGUGGCCAACGAGGUCUUGCUUACGCCGGGAGAGGUCUUGAAUGUGCCGGCAUGGUGGAUCCACACGAUUGAGAACUUGGAUAUCAACAUUCAGUGCAAUUCGAGAUCCGGCGAUUCUACUGUGGGGUUGAAAGAUUUGAAGAGAUGUGGCUUUUUCUCGCAUGAUAAAUAA